AUGAAGGGCAUACAUGAAAGCAUCGUAGUUGCGGUCAAGUCGGGAGAAUUCUUCUUGGGCAUUAGACAGACGCUGAGGACUUUGAAUCGUGGGGAGGCUAAGCUGGUCGUCAUCGCCAGCAACAUACCCACAAUUAUGCGGAUUAAGCUGGAGCAAAGCGCCGCAAUUGCCAAGGUCAGGAUCCAGAAUUAUGGAGGGACCAACAAGGAGUUGGGCAUCGCCUGCGGCAAAUCCUUCCGUGUGAGCUCCUUGGCCAUUACCGAUGCUGGUGAUUCGGACAUCCUUGGCCCCCCAUCGGCUUACAAUUAG